GGCAGGAAAACUCUCCAAUUAGAUAAAGACACAAUGUUACCGAAGGGCUGACGCGGAAAUCUGAAUCGAAUGUCUAGCUGGUGUAGCGGCAUGGAAAUAUGUAAAAGUGACAUUCUACACAUUUGUAUUAUUAACGUGUAAUCAUUUCAGGCACUAGAUGUUAAUACAGGACAUCUUAACUAGCAGGAGACAAGCCCAUAAAAAACAGCGUUUUAUUACUGGACAGCAUAUGAGCUAGACCACACACUUGAUGAAGCCAUGUUACUCUCAUAUAGUAUUUUUUACCUGAUGUUUGUUAUUUUGUGUCUAUCUUUUGGAUCUACCUAUACAAAGGACUUUAACGCAUUGUGCUCAACAUGCAGACAGUUAGUCGACAAUUUUGACAAGGGUCUUGAAAAAACAGCGAAUCAAAAUUUUGGUGGUGGAAACACAGCAUGGGAAGAGCGAAAACUCUCCAGAUACGAGUCGAGUGAGAUUAGGCUGAUGGAGAUCCUGGAGGGCGCCUGUGUCAGCAGCAGUUUUGAGUGCAACCUCAUGUUGGAGGAAAACGAAGAACACUUUGAGACAUGGUGGUUCAAGAGGAAAACUAAACACCCAGAUCUGUUUAAAUGGUUUUGUGUAGAGACCAUCAAAGUGUGCUGCCCUAAAGGCUCAUUUGGUCCUGACUGCAACACUUGUGUUGGAGGAGCUGAAAGACCAUGCCAUGGGAACGGCAAAUGUGAUGGAGACGGAACAAGGGCUGGAAAUGGAAAGUGCAGUUGUGAUAAAGGAUAUGAAGGAGAGUUUUGUCUGGACUGCAGUGACGGAUAUUUUAGUGAGCUGAGGAACCAUACAUUCUCCUUAUGCAAAGAAUGCCAUGAGUCUUGUGUUGCCUGCACUGGCGGAACCAAUCAGGAUUGUAAAGAGUGUAGGAAUGGUUGGGAGGAAGGCCAAGGAGGAGCAUGCAUCGACAUCAAUGAGUGCACCAAAGAUUCAUCUCCAUGCGCAGAAAACCAAUUCUGCUUAAACACUGAUGGUUCAUUCUCCUGUAAAGCAUGCAAUACCGGAUGCUCCGGAUGCAAAGGACCUGGUGCCGAUAGCUGCCUCACCUGUGCGGAUGGCUAUAAGGAUGAUGAAGGCACCUGCAUGGAAGAGAACAAGGAUGUGCCUGAAUUGAAAUCUGAAGGUGUCCAAACUGGUGACUCACCUGAAAAACAUGAGGACCUCUGAUGUCGCAUGGCUUGGAUGCAGAAAAGACCACCAGGACACAAAAAGAGCCAAGUGACCAAUAGUAUCUGCACUAGUUGAUGUGCUGUUCGCUCUUCAUCUGCAAUAAUCAAGACUGAAAGGCAC